CGUAACUUCGUGAGGACUUUGUUUUACGCGUGUUGUGAGUGAAAAUGGACCGAAAUAAAAGUGACAUAAAGUGCGACGAACCUCAUCAAACCAUCAUACCAACUAAGGCAGUGAAACGACCUUUUGACGUUGCUUUUCUGAUGCUUCCCGACGAAAAACUAGUCCAAAAAAACAACAAGAUCUCGAAAAAUGUAAUAAAUUUGGAGAAGGACAUCGAAACAUGCUUCAACAACAACGAUGAAGACGAGGAGGUUGAUAUAGAAGAAACUCACUGCGAGCAAAAGGUAAAUCACCAAAAAUUCUUCACGCAAAAACAACAGAUUUUUGAUGACCCGAAUUUGAUAAAAAACAAAAACUACGAUGGACUAAGAAAAACUUUUUGUGCUGAACAAAAAAGCGCGUUUACUAAAGUAAACAUGUCAAAAGAAUCAAGGCUCUCGCCUAAUUUAUCACUGAGUCCUGAUCUGAGCUACCAGAACUCACUGAGCCCUUCACCACCAAUAAUGAACAGAAACUAUCAGAACUUCUUGCCACAACACUCCCAAAACUCACAUCUAUUCAAAUCACAAACUAUACCAUCAUAUCAAACAAGUUUCAUUCCUGAAAACUUCCCCAACCAGCAGUCAGUGAUUGAAAGUCAUUUUCUGGCAAAAAACUCCGAAAUAAACUUCCAAAAACUUCGUCCAACGAUGUACAGGCCAGAACUCCCGUACAACUACCAACAGUUCCCUAAUCAAGAACUCCUAAAAAUAUCUUCUUCGCCUGAUAUAAGACACCCGGCAGCUGCAGCAAUUCUAACCUCACUACUACCCCCAUCUUUGGCGGCUUUAUCGUUACCGGCCCAAAACGUUUGUGCCAAAUGUAACAUAACCUUUCGGAUGACGUCUGACUUGGUGUAUCACAUGAGGUCUCAUCACAAGAACGACUCGAACGACAUGAACAAGAGAAGGAGGGAGGAAAAAUUGAAGUGUCCGGUUUGUGCUGAGUCGUUUAGAGAGAGGCAUCAUCUGACCAGGCAUAUGACAGCUCAUCAGGAUAAGGAGGAUGAUGAUAAAGAUAAAAGCAGUAAAAAGGAGGCGGUUUAAAUGAAUCAGAACUAUAGAUAAAAUAAUGUUGAUAAUUCAUAAGAUUUUUUUCGGUAAAAGAUUUUGAUUAAGGUACG